AUGACAGCCGAAAAAGAUAAUCUAUCAGCAAUUUUCUGGCAAGUUAAAUUUUCACCACGGAGAACUGGACAUCGUUACGUUUAUUGUGGUAGCAAUAUUGGACGCAUUAGCAUUUUUGAUGUUAUAACGGGUGAACCUGUUCGAGAAUUCGCUGCAAAUUAUCGCGAAGUGUACGAUUGCAGUUGGCAUCCAGAUCAGAACGAAAUUGUUAGUGUGUCGGUAAGAUCAAUUAAUUGA